AUGAGACCUCUCAGCCAGUCUAUCCUGUCCCCCUCGCCCCCGCCCCCGCUCCGAGAGUCACCUCCAAUCCCGGGAAAGUGCCCGGCUACGGGUGGGGCACGCGGGGCGGGGGCAGUCUGGGAGUGUGUGUCCCUGAGCCCUGAGCCAGCUCCUCAAAUGAGUACUCGUGGUUCCCAAAUGGGAACCAACCCUUGCCGCCUCAGGUUCGCCCUCCCAGGGCUGAGGUGGCUCCUGGGGUUGGGCCUGUUUCUGGGGCUUCAGGCCGCCCGCAUCGAGGCCUUCUACCUCCCCGGGUUGGCUCCAGUUAACUUCUGCGAGGCGGCGGCCAGAAAGAAUGCAGCCUGCAAGUCAUCCAUACCACUAUUUGUAAAUAGAUUGGACUCAGCAGAAUCUGUUCUACCUUAUGAAUAUAAUACCUUUGACUUCUGUCAAGCAUCCGGAAAGAGAAACCCUUCUGAAAAUCUUGGACAAGUACUAUUUGGAGAACGAAUAACAUCAUCUCCAUAUAAGUUUUCUUUUAACAAAACGGAAACAUGUACAAAAGUUUGUGUAAAAUCCUAUGAUACAGAAAAUGACAACCACAUGAGAAAGCUGGCUUUUUUGAAGAAAGGAAUGCAGCUAAAUUAUCAACAUCACUGGAUUAUUGAUAAUAUGCCAGUAAUAUGGUGUCAGGAUAUUGAGGAUGGAAGAAAGUACUGCUCACCGGGAUUCCCGAUAGGAUGUUUUAUUACCAAAACGGGUGUAUCGAAAGAUGCUUGCAUUAUCCAUUCUGACUUCAACAAAAGUAAUACUUUCUACCUCUUCAACCACAUUGAUAUUACUAUUACAUAUCACAAAGAAAGUGAAAGAAAUUGGGGUGUUGUAAGAUUGGUUGCUGCUAGACUUGACCCCCAAAGCUAUAAGCAUUCAGAUGAAAACAACCUAACUUGCAGUGGACCCCCUAUGGAGAUUUCUGGAGAAAAUACAGAGAAGUUGAACAUAACCUACACUUACUCUGUGAGAUUUGAAGAAAACAAAAACAUCAGGUGGGCAUCUAGAUGGGAUUAUAUUUUGGAGUCCAUGCCUCAUACCAACAUUCAGUGGUUUAGUAUUAUGAAUUCCUUUGUUAUUGUUCUCUUCUUAUCUGGGAUGGUGGCUAUGAUUCUAUUAAGGACUCUCCACAGAGACAUUAUCAGAUACAAUCAGAUAAAUCCUGAAGACAUCCAGGAGGACUUUGGUUGGAAGCUGGUUCAUGGAGAUGUAUUCAGACCUCCAAAGAGAAGAAUGUUGCUGUCGGUUUUCCUGGGCCAAGGAACACAAAUUUUGAUCAUGACAUUUGUUACCUUAUUUCUGGCCUGCCUCGGCUUUCUUUCCCCCGCCAAUCGGGGUGCCCUAAUGACCUGUGCUGUUGUGUUAUGGAUCCUCCUGGGAACUCCUGCUGGAUAUGUGUCUGCUAGAAUGUAUAAGACCCUUAAAGGUGUUAACUGGAAGACAAACUUUUUGUUGACAGCACUAUUGUGUCCUGGUAUCGUCUUUGUCGACCUCUUCAUUAUGAACCUGAUCCUUUGGGUGGAAGGGUCAUCAGCUGCCAUCUCCUUCGGUACUCUCAUAGGUAUCUUUGCGAUGUGGUUUGGAAUUUCUGUACCAUUAACAUUUUUGGGUGCAUACUUUGGAAGCAAGAAAAAGCAGUUUAGGUGUCCAGUUCACACAAACCAGAUUCCCCGUCAUGUUCCUCAGCAGACUUUCUUAACAAAACCACUUUUUGGCAUCGUCAUUGGUGGCAUUUUACCCUUUGGCUGUAUUUUCAUCCAACUCUUUUUCAUUCUAAACAGCAUUUGGUCUCAUCAGUUGUACUUCAUGUUUGGCUUCCUUUUCUUGGUCUUUCUAAUUCUCCUGAUUACCUGCUCAGAAGCUACAGUUUUGCUGUGUUAUUUCCACUUGUGCGCUGAGGAUUACCACUGGUGGUGGAGAGCUUUUUUUACCAGCAGUUUCACGGCUGUUUAUCUCUUUAUGUAUGCGGUUCAUUACUUCUUCACCAAACUUCAAAUCACUGGCAUUGCAAGCAUCAUUUUAUACUUUGGGUACAUGAUGGUUAUGGUCCUGAUUUUCUUCCUUUUCACAGGGACGACUGGAUUUUUUUCUUGUUUCUGGUUUCUUAUUAAAAUCUACAGUGUGGUAAAAGUGGAUUAA